CUGCAGAGAAGCCCGCUUUACGGCACGUACUCUUUUAAGGAGGGCGGCGUCGAGAGGUGAGAAGUGUUAACAACAGCGGCAUGCAUGUCAUCUCGUGAAUUGAAGGUAUCUGCCCUCCAGAGCCCAGACAGCAGCGUUCGGAGAGGCCAGCAAGGAGCGACCAGCCUUUUCUCUUCAUGUGCCACACUACCAAAACUACAGACUACCGCCCACAUGCUGCAAUAUGUGACACAACCAUUUACCUCGGACGAUGAAGAUGAACACGUCGGCGGGAAGGAGAAUAAUGACGUCCAACCUUUACCCAGUUUUUGGGGGGGAACCGCCGAUCCGUAGAAAAGCAUGGACGGCCCACGAAUGCACCUAAAUCCAC